AUGCAGACCUCCCUCCUCGCCAUAAUCGCCUGUGUCGCUGCGGCCGCAUACGCCCUCCCCCUCGACGCCGCCGCUGUCCAAGCGAAGCGGGACGGCGCGACUGUGUCUGGCAGCGACGAUAUUAAUAUUUCGUGGUGUUUCCACCCCAACGUAUGUGCUCGGGAAGCCAAGCAAGUUAGGGUCGACCCCGCCCGCGCGUUUUGGUACUUGAUAGAUCUACGGCGUAUUACACGCGUCGGCUCUCGCCUUGUGCCUUUUGAGCGCGUCGGGCAGGCGCUGGGUGCUUGGUGCGUGGUGCACGGCGCGGACGACGAGGGGGCGCCGAUGGCGGAGGUCGAGGUCUUGGCGAAGCCCGGAGUGGGCUUGGGAGCACGAUCGAGUGCGCUGCUCGACGCUCGUGUAGCGGCGCGGAGGGCACCGGGGUCGGUGGUCGGUGAUGAAGGCGCGGACCUCGUAGACGAGCUCGGCGGGGAGGUGCUUCUGGGCGAGCGCCGCAUGCCUUAUUCGGCGCGGGGAGAUGGAGAGUCGGGGCUCUAG